AAAUUCUACCUGAUCAGCUUUCUCACUCCAUCCCCCAGAUCACAUCUCCCCUCCAUUCUGUCAACGGCCCAAGCUCCUUCCCACCAAAAUUUCUCGACUUUAUCAUUUAUCACUCCCAAUCGUAAUCGCGUCACCUCAAGCCUAACCGACCACUUAUCACUAUCAAACGCGCCUACCAAGCUCAAUAUCUAACAAACCCAAUCAACCUACAAAACAUUCAAUCUUGUCGCAAACACUUAAAAUGGAUAUUGAUAAUGAUGAUGAGGUAUUGAGGACACUCGCACAUGGUCAAUCUAUUGAUUACUCGACAUGGCCGAGUUUACUUGAAAGGUUGAUGACCAGAUUGGAAAAGAUUGUCAUCACCGAUUUCCAAAUUCCCAAACCUCCAACACACCCUCGCCCCUCCUCGCCUUCACUCUCCCCCAAACGCGAUACCAAUACCGAAGACCCCUUUACUACCUCCCAACCGUCGUUAGAAUCUCUUCCACCAAUCUGCUAUAAGCAACUUCUCGAUAUCCAAAAUACAUUGAACAAGCAAUUUCCAACUCACCCACCUCAUACAAUUCAACGUCUAUCCGAACUUCUCCUAAAUCCCACUCAACACCACCGCUCUCUUCCCUCUUACCUCCACGCCCUUGAUCGCGUCGUCCAUGUCACAUCACCCAUCACCUCAUUCCCUCUCCCACCUGCCGUCCCAGACCCAAGAGUUUCUUUCUCUGUCCUCAGUAAUGGAACCACUCCCUCCGUUGACCCUCUUAGCAUUACCUGGAGUAAGCCGACAACUGGAACCGCUCCAGUGAAUGGAGGACUAGGUAGUGAUGAAGCACUAGGAGGUGCAUUGUUGACUCCCAUAAGUUGGUUGAAUAAGCGGGAAUCGAGCCUCUCACACACAGGCUCAAAUGGCACAAAUUCUGGAGGCGGCUCACCUCGUGGGGAGGUACGAACAGAGAGUACCGAAACAAUUGAUGGACCGAACGGACCGGGUGGUGUUGAGACAGUUUCUGUAUCCGUAAACGGUAUUUCAUCAGUUGGUUCUCAUGCAAUGAUGUCGCUACUUUCUUCAUCGCCAUCUAGUUCUGGAGAACAAGGCUUGAGAGCAGAAGGUGGAGUUACUCAGGGAGAAUUAUUACGUCAGGAACAGAAAGCUGGAGUGGUUCCAGCAUCGCAAUUAAGAAUCCAGAGAGAACCCGAGAGAGAAGAACGGACGGGGAAAGGGGAUGAAAGUGGAAUGGGAGAAGACGAUGAGAUGCCACAUGCACGGGGCCCAGAGGAAAUUGGAAUGGAAGACAUGGGGCCUCAAGAACCGGGAAAAGUGCCAAUGACUGGGGGCGGGAUUGAUGUUGAGGCUGCUGUGGGAAGGAGGCCGGAUUUUACGGAGGAGAAGGAAGAGGAGAAAGGAAAGGAAGGAGAAGAUGGGAAACCGAGCGCAAAGGAGAGUGAAGAUGCAGACGGAGAUGCGAACAUGAAGAUUGAGGCUAAGGAUGACGAUGACCAAUCGACUACAUCGAAAAGAGCAGCAGAAGAUGAUAUUGGAAGUGAAGCUGGGGAAAAGAGGGUUAAAGAGGAGAUGGAUUUUGAACCACAAGCAGACUCUGAGAUCAAACCAGACGAUGCCAAGGAAAAUGUAGUACGAGGAGAGGAAGAUACCAAGAUGGAAACCGACUCAGAAACAGAAGCGAAGGCGGAUCAUGUAGAUGAAAAUGCAAAGGCAGAACCUGCUAAGGGGGAAACUUAAGAAGAUGUGUUGAUGAGGUUACAACCAACCCAAAGGAUACCAGAGAGUGAAGAGAGCGGAUAGAUUUGAACAAAGUAGUGUGAAAUUUCAAAUUGAUGAUACUGUAGCUAGCUAUCACGAUGAGAAGGAUAAAUAUAAUGGGUUGAGUAAGAAAUGAC